AUGAAAAAACAAGCAGCGGCGUCUUCGACAGUCAUGAACUGGUCUGCUUCAAUCCAGACAACCCUCUCAGCAGACUCGGAGCCAUCUCUCAUGAUUGCUUUCGAUAACGCCAAAUACAUGUUCAACGCUGGCGAAAACACUGUCCGUUCCUUUGCCCACAGUGACUCCAAUCGGAAGAAACUCAAGGCCCUGUUCCUCACCCAACUGGGACCGCACAGAUCGGGUGGGGUUGCUGGCCUGCUUAUGACGUUGGCCGAUGCGAGUGCCGUUAAUGAGAUGAAGAUUGCUGGUCCGACUGGCCUGACACACUUUUUGGCCUCUAUGCGGUUUUAUACCUUUAGAGACAACUUGGCAGUUUCGCCGCUGGAAAUCGCGCCUCCCCCAGAGCACCCGAAGGAUCCUGAGCCCGUGUUCCAAGACGAGAAUAUCACGGUCUACGCGCUUCCGUUAACGCCUGACGAUGUCUCCUCGCCUUCAGCGCAAUCAGAGGACUCCUCCCUGAAGCGGAAACGCGAAACAUCACCCGACCAACCACGUAAGCGCUCAACGACCAGCGUCGAGGAUGAAGCCAGCCAUUUGUCUGCAGAACAACGAUCCCUGACUGAGCUUAUGGCCGACUCAAGUUUCAAACCCCAGUCUCUAACCGGAGAGAACGCGGCGGAAUAUCGAAGGUUGUUGGUUCAGACAAUGUUCCCUGCUGACGUCGCCAAAGUUCAGCAGUCGGAGAAGAAGGGCCAGGGUGAGGCAAUGAAGGUUCAAGGACACGGGAAGACCAAGAAGCAGAGGAAGGCAGAGGAAGCCGCCGCUACUGCCGCUUCCGCUAUUUCUGCCAAGGACGCGAUCAAGCGACGUUCUCCUUCUCCUGCGCCUUUCCCAGUAGACAAGGAUGCUCAAAAGUUCGACGACUACCGUCGCACACCCCGCCACCUUCCCAAAGGCUAUCACACCCAACUCCCCUCGCUCCCGCCCAACUUCCAACGGACACCCAUCGGCUACGUGAUCAUCGGUCCUCGCAUCCGUGGCCGCUUCGACGUCGCGCGGGCCACCGCCCUCGGCGUCCCACGCGGACCCCUUCGUGGUCUCCUCACCAAAGGCGAAACCGUCACCUUCCAAGUCGAAGAAACCUUCACCAAUGUCCAGGGACAGCAAGAGACUAGGAUGAAGGAUGUAACUGUAAAGCCUGAGCAGUGUGUCGGGGAGAGCGAGGCCCCGAGUGCGGUCGUAGUUCUGGACGUGCCUGAGAAACGGUAUCUGGGCAGUUUGGAGAAGUGGUUUGCGGAGGGUGUGAUUGGGAGGGUGAGGUCGAGGAAGGAGGAGGAUGAGAAGGAGUAUAGCGUUAAGGCGGUUUUCCAUAUGCUUGGAGAGGGAGUGUUGGAGGACCCGAGGUAUAUUGAAUUCAUGAAUGGGUUUAGGGACGGUGUGGAUCAUCUCGUUACCUCCAAAGAACACUGUCCAAAUCGCGUAACCUUCACCAGCGCGACGUUCAACCAACUCCGACUCAACAAGCUCGAUAACGAGAUGUUCCCCAUUCAAAAGUUCAACCUUGAGCCCUCCAAGUCACUGUCAUCUAUCCCGAACCUCCCUAAGAACACGCAACUUAUGAGGCCGAACGUGCGUAUAGGUGUACGGCCUUAUGCACCACCCAAGUUAGACCCGCAGACGGAAGGAAAGGAUUUGUUCCACCCCCUUGUUGAGGGGAAGAAGUUGGGCGAAGGGGAGAGUAUCGAGGUCCAGUUACCGGAGGAGACCGUCGAGAAGUUUGAGCAGGCAAGGGAGGCUGUGAAGAAGAUCGCAGAGGGUGCUGCAAAGCCCGUUGAGCGCCCUGGAGACGACGUCGUGGUUGUGCCGUUGGGAACAGGGAGCGCUGUUCCAGGACGAUACAGAACAGUCUCUUCUACACUUAUUCAGAUACCCAACUGGGGUAACAUCCUGUUGGAUGCGGGAGAAGGCACGUACUACCAGCUUGCUCGCCAUUUCGGGGAAGAGGGUGUGAAAGAGGUGUUGAGAGAUUUGAAAUGUCUGUAUUUGGAUCCGCCACCCGAAAACCCUCUCUACCUCGUCUCGAUCAGGAUUGUGCAGCUCUACCUUCAGGAGGUACAGCAGCUGUACGACUUGGGUAUCCGACCGUCUAUCAACACCAUAGAAGGAGCCGGAAACGCGGUUAUCCCCAUCCAGAGUGAAGCACUGCAUUAUGCUCGACCGGGUGAAUAUGCUUCGGGUUAUUGGGCUGUUAAUGGGACUGAGCCGUGGUUGGAUCCCAAGCGGUCUGUAACCCUUGCCAGGUCGAUGUGUGAAGCCCUUGGUUUGAGAAGCUUUAGCACGGUUGAUAUGCGACAUGGGACGAGGUGUUAUGGGUUGGUAGUGAAGCAUCGUGAUGGAUGGAGCAUUGCGUUCUCAGGUGAUACGGAGCCCACGGACAGCAUUGUGCACGCAGGGAGGAACGCGACGUUGCUCAUCCAUGAAGCUACUAUGUCAGACGACCAGGUCGAGUUGGCCAGGCAGAAGAAGCAUAGCACAUUCGGACAGGCCAUUGGUAUCGGAAGGCGAAUGAACGCGCGAACGAUCCUCCUCACCCACUUUUCCGCGCGACACCCCAAAAUCCCGAUGUCCGUGAUGGACAUCUCGUCCGACCCGACCACGCCAACCACCACCCGCCAAGGGUUCCAUAAAACUGAGCCGACGAUCGCUCUGGCGUUUGACCAGUCGUGUUUGAGGAUUGGGGAUAUGUGGAAGAUGAAGCAUUACUUGCCUGCGCUAGAGCAGAAUGAGAAGGAUACGGUGGCUAUUGAUGGGGAGGAUGAGGGAGUGGAGGGUGCUAUGGAUCUAGAUCCCAGUGCAUAA